CUUAUAUUCCAACAAUACUGUUUCUCGUUGUAUUGUUUCAUUGAAUACCACCAGUGGUUUGUACAGAGCAGAGUAUGCUUUUUUCUGGAACAUCAUGAAUCCACUUCUGGUUUGUUCACAGAAAUAACAAUUUUCACCUAGACUGAAGGGUCUAUUUUAUGUUUGUAGGUUAUUUAUGAUGGAGUCUCUUGAUGAACAUUACACCAUACCAAACCGUUUAAAAUACUGGGCCAACAAACAACCAGACUCACAGGCUUUUGUUUACGUUGCUAAAGAUAAACCCAACAUUGUUCUAACAUCAAAAGAAAUUUACGACCUCUCUGUGCAGUUUGGCCGUCGUUUGUCUAAGCUUGGAGUAGAACCAGGUAGUGUUGUUUGUAUUUUGAUUCCAGACUCCCCUGCAGCCCUGGUCGCCUACUUUGGAAUCUUGUGUGCUGGUUGUAAUGUCCAGAACGCAUCCAUCCAAAUGUCUGAUGGAACAUAUCUUCUACAAAAUCUCCACAAGUCAAAAUGCCGAGCUAUGAUUCUAUCCUCGAGUCCUGAUGACCAAGCUAAUCGAAUCAUAUCUCAACACUUUGAUACCGUCUCUGGUAAUUACGUCAUCUCGAAAAAAUUGCCUCACUUGAAGAACGUCAUCUACACGAACUUGAAUCUUGGCACUGAACUAGGAUUCAUCUGGCAAAAAGGGAUAGUACCCACAUAUAAUUAUGAUGCUGAAGAGGUUAAUAUCAGGACCGAUGAUAUUACAGUUAUCAUGUCAUCUUCUGGUACAACUGGUUUAUCCAAAUUAAUCCCGGUAAAAAACGCAUAUUUCGAUAGUGUCGAAGUCUUCAUCAAAUCUAUAUCAGAAUCUAUGUAUGCUCUGAGCCCGUGCAUUUCCAUGUUUGACGAGCACAGCAUCGCCUGGGUAUGGGGAUUACCCUUCUAUUACACUCAGACGGGAGGCAGGACAAUCCUGUUGGACCGGAGGGUGAAAUCAGAUGAUAGUCUUGAUAUUCGAUUUGUUAAAGAUAUUAUUGCACGGGAAAAUUGUCAAAUUGCUAAACUGUCAGCAGCAUCCUGCCUCGAGUUGACAAAGUUUAUUCAACGGGAAUCGCCUGGUCCUGUUACAUGGCCUUUGAACACUGUCAUACUUGCUGGUCAACCACUGAAAAAGAACAUAUUGACGACAAUCGGCACGCUAGCUACGACGGUAUAUAAUAUGUAUGGUAGUACAGAACUUGGGGGCGUUAGUAUCAAGAAAAUCGACCAAGAAUCAGGAUUCGAGGAUUUUAAUACAGGUUCGCUAAUGAAAAUGGUUAGUGUUAAGAUAGUUGAUGAACAUUUGAAGGAUGUCCCUACUGGGACCUAUGGACAAGUUCUGGUUAAAACAACUGCCAUCUGUAGACCUUAUGUUGGAGACGAAGAUGAUCUGUGGAUGUCAAAAUUCACUGAUGAUGGUUGGUUUCUUACUAAUGACUAUGGAUGUUUUACAGAUAAGGGGGAGUUAAUUGUACGGGGACGGUUUGAUGACGUCAUUAUGAGAGGAAUGAAUUAUUUCCACCCAUCUUGGAUUGAGAAUAUUAUCAGAGGAUGUGCAGGCGUAGCUGAUAUCCUGGUUGUUAAGGUUCCAGAUGAAGCUUUAUUAAAUGAGAUUUGUGCCUGCUAUAUUUCUGAUAAAGAUCCCGAUAUAUGUCCCGAAGAUGUGAUGGAUUUUUGUUGGAAGACAUUUGCCAGUCAUGAUUCGAAUGAUAAAACAGCCUGUCCUAAGUACUUUCUGCAAAUGGAAUCUUUCCCUGUAAACAGAAAUGGCAAAUUGGACAGAAAGGUUUUGGAAGAAAAAGCGGCUAAUUUGCUGAACUUGGUAUGAUGUAAUCAGAUGUAACCACCACCACAUGUUCCCUUAAAGUAUCCUACAUGAAGUUUAAUAAUUUACGUUAAUCUUUUAUUUUGAAAAAUUAUAACUAAUCUUUAUAAAUACAGGUUUGUAUGUACCAUUAAAUGUUUAGAGCGUGAUA